AUGUUGAUGAGUCUGGUUUUAUACAGAACUGUCUGCUCUGACCCAGGUGAGGCCUUGGAUGCUGUGGUAAAGCGUGUGCGUCCCUCUCGGGUGUUGGAGCUGGGGACUCACUGUGGCUACAGCUCGGUCCGCCUGCUGCGUCUGCUGCCCCCUGUUGGCAGACUGAUCACAGUGGAGAUGGACCCCCUCACAGCAGAGCUGGGGGAGGAAAUCAUCCUUGUGUCUGGAUUCAAACACAAUCAGUUCCAGGUGUUGACGUCGAGCUCAGCCGAGGCCAUCCCAGCGCUGCCUUCACUUCUGGAGCCUGAUGUGAGUGAAGGGUUCAGCCUGGUGCUGAUGGACCAUGAUCCUCUGCUGUACCUCGCAGACCUGCAGGCCCUGGAGAGAGAGCAGCUCCUGUGUCGCUCCGGCUGCUCCGUCGUCCUCAUCGACAGGAAGAGACGAGCUGGAGGUCUCACAGAAAUCCUGGAUCACGUCAGAGCGAGAUUAGAAUCCUGCUGCGUCAGGACCGAGCUUCCAUUCAUAGUGGAAAUCUUCUACCACGAGUGCUGAGGUCGAAGGGGACGGAAUCUGUGUCAAGAAAUAGUUUUAUAUACUUGAAACAACUGGACGAUGAAAACAUGUGCUUGUUUUUUUUUCUUGGAUAAUUAAAUUAAAAAG